AUGGUGAUGCUCCCUGCUCUCAAGGCCUUAACUGUCUUGUUUGUGCUUGCAGUUCUUUCUGCAGGUCAGGCAGAAGGGCGACAUCAUCAGCUUAAUUGUCCUUCUUUCUCGUGCGGCCCUCUUGGAAAUGUGUCGUCCCCAUUUCGACAGGCAAGUGAUCCACCUGGGUGCGGUUAUCAAUCUUACGAGCUAGUUUGCAGUGAUACUAAGGCUACAAUUAGCAUCGACAACGCAACAUACUAUGUGUCUGCCAUCAACUACAUCAUUCAUACCUUCUGGGUCAUUGAUGCCGACUUGGAUUUAUACAACAACUGCCCUCUACCUCGUUGGAAGCGGAACUGGCGCCCUGUUGAACCUAUAAGGAUAAUCCGAGGCCAAUGGGUUCACAGCAAGGUAGUCGAAUUAGCCCCUGCAACACCUUAUCAGGCUAACUUUGUUAAUUGUUCUCAGGAAGUAAAGGACAACGGUAUGUACAUGCCUGUUGCUUGCCUGAGCAACAGCCAUUCUUUUGUUUAUGUGUUAACUAGCCUAAGAUCCGACAGUAUGGAGAAUCUCGAGCCCUGUUGCGGUUUUCUGGCCAUGACUCCACUAGAUGGCCAGGAGACUCGGAGCACUGUGCCAUUAGAGAAUGUGAGCUAUGCAGAUGUUGUAAAAUUUAUGAAGUAUGGGUUCAGUGUUGGAUUUCCUUCCAAACGUCGUGGGUAUGGAAAUUUCAAGGAAUGCCUGAUGGAUUCAAUGCCCUCAUCCCCUAAAGAUUGGAUUCUGAGCAUUCUUAUGGUCGAUGUAAUUUUCUUGGGUUGCGCAAUUGAAGUUCCCGAAGUUCCCUUACCCAUUGGAAUAUGCUUGUAUAUAAUACAGGUGGCAUCGCCGUUUUUCAAGUUGUUUGCUGCCCUAUGCAGGUUCGUGUUGGCACCGUUGGUGGUAUUGAUCUUCCUUACCUACAAGUACUGGAAAACAAGGAUCACAAUUGAUGCUGUUGAGAAGUUCCUACUGAUGCAACAAAUGAUCAGCCCAUCGAGGUAUGCCUAUACAGACAUUGUUGCAGUCACAAGCCAUUUCAGAAACAUGAUAGGCCAAGGUGGCUACGGCUCCGUGUAUGAAGGUGUGCUCCCAGGCGAUGUCCAUGUGGCUGUCAAAAUGCUGGAGGGAAACCCUAACUGCAAUGGAGAAGAUUUCAUCAAUGAGGUCUCCACCAUCGGCAGGAUACACCAUGUUAAUGUGGUCCGUCUUGUGGGCUUCUGCUCAGAGGAAAUGAGAAGGGCCCUGGUUUACGAGUACAUGCCUGGUGGUUCUCUCGACAAGUACAUCUUCUCACCAGAAAGCGAGAAGACCUUCUCCUGGGAUAAGCUCAAUGAGAUUGCUUUGGGCAUUGCUCGAGGGAUCAACUACCUGCAUCAGGGAUGUGAGAUGCAGAUUAUACACUUUGACAUCAAGCCGCACAACAUCUUGCUUGACAGCAAUUUUGUCCCAAAAGUUGCUGAUUUCGGACUCGCCAAACUGUACCCAAGGGACGAGAGUUUUGUGCCAUCGAGAGCCCUACGGGGAACAAUUGGGUACAUAGCUCCUGAGAUGAUAUCUAGGAGCUUUGGCCUCAUAUCGAGCAAGUCUGAUGUUUACAGCUUUGGGAUGCUGCUUCUGGAGAUGGCUGGAGGAAGAAGGAAUGCCGAUACAAAUGCAGCAAACUCAAGCCAGUCUUACUACCCAUCAUGGGUGUAUGACAGACUAGCUGAACAAGAAGUGCGUGAGAUUUCUCCUGCUGACGACAUGCACGAGUUGGAGAAGAAGUUGUGCAUUGUUGGAUUAUGGUGCAUCCAGAUGAGGUCCCAAGAUCGGCCGACAAUGGGGGAGGCGAUAGAGAUGCUGGAAGGCGGCGUUGAUGGCUUGCAGAUGCCUUCUCGGCCGUUCUUCUGUGACGAAGGACACAUCCAUAUAGAGGAUUCUUAUCAUUUGCCAUCCGAGUUCACUGAAAUCUCCAAGGAGGACGGGUGA